CGAGGAGUAGGUGCUGGCGUGAAGUUGCCCGCAGACCAUGAGCAUUGAUUUACCAGCAGCGCCCUUUUUGCAUUAGCUCGGUAAAUUGGAGCGGGUCGCGUUCAAAUAGAUCACGGGCACUCCAACUUGUAAAACUUGUGCAGAGCGUCAACCCAGUCCACGAGGUCAGUCUCUCCUGCCAGUAAGGUGUUACGAAAAUACGACCGAAGUUGUGCUUGCCACUGGGAAAUUUCUGCCCCAAAACCGUGUUCGAGUGCUCGGGGGUAGAACAUCUGAACCGAAAGCGCAGCUAGCUGGCAGGCCGCAUCUCUCGGCCCGUACGGACCUGCAUUAAUAGCUGGCUGCCAUGGCAACACUGCUGCAAGCUUUCGGUCGCUUCUUUACGAAGCAUCCCUUGGCGGGAAAUGGACUCGUGUACGGUACGCUGUACGUCGGUGCUGAAUUUUCGCAACAAACCAUUACGCGAAAGUUUUUGACCGACCCGCCACAAGAUAUCGAUCGGCCUACGCUAGCACGAUACGCUGUCAUGGGCACGUUCAUAUAUUCCCCAAUUCUUUACAACUGGUACAAAUGGUUAGAUAAAACCUUCCCUGGCACUGCCAAACGAAUUAUAGUGAGAAAAUUGCUGCUGGAUCAGUUUGUGCUAACUCCUCCGCUGCUAGUUAUAUUCUUUACCGGAAUGUCCCUCAUGGAACAACAAUCAUCCAUCACCGAAGAGUGCCGUCAAAAGUUUGUGCCGACGUUUGCACGCUCCUGCCUGUUUUGGAUACCGGCCCAAACGCUCAACUUCGUCCUGGUGCCACCCAAGUUCCGCGUGGUUUACGUGGGUUCAUGUGCCUUCGCCUGGGUGAACAUUUUGUGCUGGGUUAAGCGGCAAAAGAUGCUAAGCUCGAAUUAAUGCAUUAAUCAGCAAUAUUACCAACAAAAAAAGAGCUACGCAAAGCGUUACAAAGAUAGCUAUUAGAUAGGGAAAACCAAAGUCCGACACAUUUUCACAAUCGUACAAUCUACCAGAAUACGCUCUCGCAUAGCAUGCAAGCGUUUAAUGCUGCUCUAAUCAUGACAUAAGUUACCGCGUAAACGAUGAGAUUAUAUUUACUACUGUUAAUAUUAAUAGGAAUAAAAUCCACAAAUGAUUAAAUAAUCGCUCCCAUGAAUUAGAG